AUGGUUCAAACGCAGCGCCUUUGGGCCUGGUCAGCCUUCGCACUCGCUUCUCUCACAAGGGCCCAAGACUUGCUCCGACGACAAGAUAGCACUGAUUCUGCUUAUCCAACGUACGCAGAAUGUCCCGGGACGACUGUCACGGAGACUGAGACGGAGUCAUGCAGCAUCUCAGUCUCCUGGACGGAGGCAUGCAGCAUUAGCAUUGAUUACCCGACGUACCCCGGCACGACUGUCACGGAGACUGAGACGGAGACAAAGACAAAAACAUACUACGGCGUGACCACUGUCUUUACGACGAUCAGCUACGGAUACACGGUCACAGAUGAAGACACCACCACGGUCACUGACGAGGAAACUACGACCAAAUUCACCACCAAGACUAUAACUGAUGUUAUAACUAGGUCGUACCCUGUGUCAUCUACAGCUUGCUAUACAACCACGCUACCCUGCAGCUGCACAGAAACUAUAUGGGGCGAUCAUUGCGUUACGACCACUGUUUGGUCCACGACUACUCUGACAAGCACGUUCACUACCACCGAGGAGGUUACUACAACAGAAGUAACAACUGACGUUACCACCACUACUGAUAUCUCUGUCACAACUGACGUCGCCACCACGACCGACGUUACCACCACGACCGACGUUACCACCACAACUGAUAUCUCUGCUACUACCUAUACGACUUUAGUACCGACAACUACUACUGAUAUCAUCACGAGCACGAUAGUGGUACCGACUACCUACAUCGUCAACCAGACUGUGACAACCACAGAGUAUAGCACAUCAACUUAUACAACUGAAGUCACAUAUACAACGAGCGUUUUGGAAACAGUGACUGAUACAGUCACUGAUCUUUCGACCACCACUGACAUCUCUGUCACGACUUAUACCUCUCCAACUACCUAUACGACUUUGGUACCAACGACUAUCAUUUCUAUCACCACGAGCACGACCGUGGUACCGAUCACCUAUAUUUCUGACCGUACCGUGACAGCCACCGAGUACAGCACGUCGACUUAUACAACUGAAGUCACAUAUACAACUAACGUUCUGGGAACAGUCACUGAUACAGUCACUGACGUUUCGACCACCACAGAUAUUUCCGUCAUCAUCUCGCCAACUACAGAAAUAUCUGUCUCUCCAACCACAGUAGUAUCUCUCUCUCCUAUCACGGAAACUGCUACUGAGACGGCCACCGUCACGGCUACCUUGACAGACACAGACACGGCCUACUUGACAACUUCCGAGGUAACAGUAUCGCUGAUCACCUCGGUCUCAACGACUACGUUCGUAACAGUAUCUGAGAUAUUGAUCACCGACUCAGUGACCAGCACAACCACAUUCACGACUACCCAGGAGAUCACCAGCGUGUCGGCGACGACGGUCACUUUGCCCCCAAGCACGAUCAUAAUACCUCCGGCCACUGUUACAGCUCCCGGAGGUACAGACACUGUCACAGUUCCCGGAGGCACGGCUACUGUCACAGCUCCCGGAGGCACGGCCACUGUCACAGCUCCCGGAGACACGGUCACAGCUCUUCCUGCCACGGUCACAGCUCCUCCAGCUACAGUCAUCAUCCCUCCGGCCACAACCACAGUCAUCUACACCUCAAUCAUCAUAGACGUGAGCACAUGCCCAGCACCAACAAACUCACCGGGUUUCGUUGUUCCUGCCUAUGAUGAGGCCUCAGAUCUUACAUGGGGAUGUCCGCCUGGGACAAUUUGUUCUGUACCAAAACCGGCCGGGUGCAAUGUUUAUGUUGGUCCGCCGGCGAAGGAGUAUGUAUGCGAAAACACAGCUUGGUGUGUUUCGUCUCCAUCUUACCCUAUCGUCGAGUGGGAUGCGAACACUACCGACUUUUAUCCCACUGUCCCCGAUUACUAUUACCUCGCACCUCCAGCCUUUGGAUUGAGUUACGACAUUUUUGCGAUCGGAUACCUUCCGGUGACGGUGACGGACGCUUCAGGUACCCACACAUUCAUCAGCAGUACUGGGAACUGGGGAUCGCAAACAGACUUGACGGCGUAUCCACCCUCGUCGUCUACUGGUACCACCGUGUACACGCCCACAUCGCCCACAGCGGCUUCUGAUGGUCUGACCACGACUACUACGACUACAACCACGACAACGUAUUACGAAAGGCCCAGCCCACUACCAGAGCGAUCUCUCCGCCUCUCUAAGCGUGCGGCUGUUGCCCCAGGUGUCUGUUAUGUUAGCUGUUCGAAUGCUCUUGUCAUAGCUGAAGCCACAGGAAAGGACUCCAGGCUGUGCGACCCAAUGGGCCGGUUUAUGGAUGCUUGGGGUGCAUGUCAAGUCUGCAUCACUAGUAACAGCGAUGGCGACCAGUUAUCGACUCGCGAGAGGACUGUCGACACACACGGGAGCACCGGCAGAUACGUCGACGAUCGCGAUUCCGAUAUCGACGUCAUCGUCAGUGUCAUCUACUUCUACUUCCACUUCUUUAGUUACUUCCACCACCUCAACAACAACAACAUCGUCUUCUUCAGCUACUUCUACUACCUCGACAGUCUCGUCUUCUUCUUCUUCUGCUUCUUCGGCGCAGAGCAGCAGCACUAG